GAGAAACAGAAAGCAAGGAAAGGAGGCGGGAAGGCAGGCAGUUCUCGACUGCAGCCACUCUGUCCUGAGCCACCAAACCCCCCAGGCAGCCUGGACCCCAGGGUCCCUGAGAGCUGCCCCAAGGAUGGGCACCAGGAAAGUGGUCAUGCCUGGUCCUGUGUGGGGGCUGCUGAGCUGCUGUUUCCUCUGUUGCUGGGCUCUGGAGGGUCUGCGGCCCCUCCGCUCUCUGCCCACACUGCCCUCCCAAGUCAAGCCAGGGUAUGUACCCAUGUGGGUGCUCCCAGAGGGUGCUGAAGCAGCCCUGGCUUUUCUCUACUCUGGAGAUGCCCAACAGCUGUUGGGGGCUAAUUGCAGUAAGCGCUAUGAAGCCCAGGAGGCAGGAGCCAGUCCAGGGCUCCCCCCGAUCCUAGGGAGGGCAGCGGGCACCCUUGCCCAGGCCGCCAACUUCCUCAACAUGCUCCUACAAGCCAACGACAUCCGCGAGUCCAGUGUGGAGGAGGAUGUGGAGUGGUACCAGGCCCUGGUCCGCAGCGUGGCUGAGGGGGACCCAAAGGCAUACCGGGCUUUGCUGACAUUUAACCCUCCACCAGGGGCCAGCCAUCUGCAGCUGGCCCUGCAGGCCACCCGAAUGGGGGAGGAGACCAUCCUUCAGGACUUGUCUGGGAACAGGAACCUGGAAGAGAGCCUAACCCUGGCCCUGGACACUCCUGCCCUGCAGAAGCGGGUGCUGACCAAUGACCUAGGGAGCCUCGGAAGCCCCAAGUGGCCACGAGGAGAUGGGUAUCUGGGGGACAUGCAGCAUGUGAGGCUGUCUCCUCCCUUCCUGGAGUGCCAGGAAGGCCAGCUUCGUCCGGGCUGGCUUAUCACACUUUCAGCCACCUUCUAUGGACUCAAGCCAGACCUUAGCCCAGAGAUAAGGGGGCAGGUGCAGAUGGACAUAGAUCUUCAGAUGGUGGACAUCGAUCAGUGUGCCAGCGGCCCAGGAUGGUACUCUAACACGCACCUGUGUGAUCUCAACAGCACACAGUGCAUCCCUCUGGAGAGUCAGGGUUUUGUCCUUGGCCGCUACCUCUGCCACUGCCUACCUGGCUUCUACGGGACAAGCCGCCCCUGGGGGUUAGAGAGUGCCACCCAAGCUACUGGGCAAUUUGGGUCCCCACAAGAUGGCUCUGGGAGGCUGCUUCGGUGCCAGCCAUGUGCUGAGGGGUGUACCAGCUGCAUGGAUGCCACACCAUGCCUGGUGGAGGAAGCCCUGGUGCUGCGGGUAGCAGUGUUGGCCUGCCAGGCCUGCUGCAUGUUGGCUGUCUUCCUGAGCAUGCUGGUCUCCUACCGCUGCCGCCAGAGCAAAAGGAUCCGGGCAUCUGGAGUUGUCCUGCUGGAAACCAUCCUUUUUGGAUCCCUGCUGCUUUACUUCCCUGUCUUCAUCCUGUACUUCAAGCCCAGCAUAUUCCGCUGCAUUGCUCUCCGCUGGGUCCGGCUGCUGGGCUUUGCCAUUGUCUAUGGCACCAUUAUACUCAAGCUUUACAGAGUGCUGCAGCUGUUCCUAUCUCGAACGGCCCAGAGGGGCCCCCAUCUAAGCAGCGGGCACCUGCUUCGGCGUCUGGGGCUGCUCCUGCUACUAGUACUGGGCUUCCUGGCUGUGUGGACAGUGAGGGUCCUGGAUCGAGGCAUCCUGCACACUCCCCUGGUGACCCGAGGCCACACUCCCAUGGGCCGCCACUUCUACCUCUGCCACCACGACCGCUGGGACUACGUCAUGUUUGUGGCCGAGAUGCUGCUCCUGUGCUGGGGCAGCUUCCUCUGCUACGCCACCCGGGCUGUGCCCUCAGCCUUCCACGAGCCACGCUACAUGGGCAUUGCCCUGCACAACGAGCUGCUGCUCUCUACUGCCUUCCACGCAGCCAGGUUUGUGCUGGUUGCCUCCCUGCACCCCGACUGGACCCUCCUCCUCUUCUUCUUCCACACCCACAGCACAGUCACCACCACCCUGGCUCUGAUCUUCAUCCCUAAGUUCUGGAAGCCGGGGGCUCCUCCCCGAGAGGAGAUGGUGGAUGAAGUGUACGAGGAUGAGCUGGACCUGCAGCGCUCAAGCUCCUACCUCAACAGCAGCACUGCCUCAGCUUGGAGCGAGCACAGCCUGGACCCGGGAGACAUUCGGGACGAGUUGAAGAAGCUCUAUGCCCAGCUAGAGGUCCACAAGACCAAGGAAAUGGCUGCUAACAACCCCCACCUUCCCAGGAAGCGGGGCACCUCACGGCAGGGCCUGGGCCGCUCCUUCAUGAGGUACCUGGCUGAGUUCCCCGAGGCCCUGGCCCGCCAGCACUCCCGGGACUCGGGUUCCCCAGGCCGCAGCAGCCUGCCCAGCUCCUCCCGCCGCAGGCUCCUCAGCUCCAGCCUCCAGGAACCUGAGGGGCCACAGGCCCUGCGCAAGUCCUGCAGCACGUACAACCACAACCACUGCAGGGAGAAGGACUCCCAUCCCCUGGACUCACUGCCGAGGAGGAAGCUGGCCAAGAGGGCCUCACGGGCAGAGAGCCGGGAGUCAGUGGAGGGGACCCUUGCCCUGGGCUUUAGGUCAGCCAGUGCCCACAACCUGACCGUGGGAGAGAGGCUCCCCAGGGCCCGGCCCGCCUCUCUGCAGAAGUCACUCAGCGUCAUGGCUGGCUCCAGGGAACAGGCCCUGCUGGUGGCCAGCCAGGCCUAUCUGGAGGAGACCUAUCGGCAGGCAAAGGAGCAAGAGGAGAGAAAGAAGGCAGAGGUGGCCUUGGCAAGCCCAGUUCGGAGGCUAUCAGCCAGGAGGCUGCUGAGAGCUCAAGGGACCCCUCUGUCAGCCCCACCCUCCCCUGCCAAGAGCAGCGGCAGCAUGGACAGCUCCUAUGCCUCUGGGAAGCUUCCGGAGGAGGCUGGGAGAAGGCUGCCUCACCCACCCAUCCAGCACCAGAUCUCCACACCCAUUAUGGCCCUGUCUGGGGCCUGCCUGGGAGAGCCAAGGAUGCUGUCUCCCACUUCCACCUUGGCUCCAGCUUUGAUACCAGGUCCAGCCCAGGUUCUGGCCCCUGUCCCUGCCCUAGCACCAGUCCCAAUAUCCCCCCAAAGCCCCAGCUUACUCACCUUCAUCUGCCCCUGGGAGAAUGCAGAACUGCCCAUCAAGAAAGAAGAUGUGGCUCAAGAAGGCCCCUCAGGGCCUGAGCUAGGCAACCACUCCCCGGCCCCAGCUCGGGCCAGGUUCUGGAGGGCCCUCUCCGUUGCAGUAGAGAGAAAGGGCGCUGGGGAGAACGGGGUAGACACGGAGGACAGACGUCUCCGAGGGGAAGCUGAUGAUGUAGAUGAGGACAGGCCCAAGAUCUUCUCUAAAUCCCACAGCCUCAAGACCCCUGCUCAGCAGGGUUCUGUGCGCAGCCUGGGACUGGCUAUCAAAGCUUUGACCCGUUCUCGGAGCACACACAGAGACAAGGAGAGUGGGGAAGAGAGUACUGAGAAGGAAAAGGGCCAAGCUUCAGGAGAGGGGGUGGGGGCGUGCCCCAGGUCCCCCAGGCUAGGCGGGCGCAAGGUGGUGAGUAAGCAGGCCGCCCUCGCCCCCUGCGAAGACGAGGAGUCCCUUCAGAACCAACAGAAUGCACACACCAGCAGACUGCUCCUUGUCUGUCACCAGGAGGGCAGCAGGGAAGAAGACAGGGGCAAGAGGACAUCUCAGGGUCAAGGGGAGAAGAACGUGGAGAGAGCAGGUAGAACAGAGCCUGCCACACUGAGGCAAGUCAGGCAGGGCACAGUUGGGGACGAAAACACUGAGCAAGCAAAAGAAGCCCCUGCAGGGAGGCAGGAACUGCUCAAAGCUGGCCUCCCACACCAGGGCAGUGCUGACUGCAGGGUGGCAGAGGUAUGCCCCUGGGAAGUCACUGAGUCAGAAACCUAUCUGCCUGACAGCAACAAGGCUGAAAUCUGCCCCUGGGAGGUGAGUGAAGGAGGCCCUACGAGGGGAGAAUUAAGACAAGAUCUAGAUGACUCCCAAGAAGAGAGGGGGAAAGCCCCAGAAGAAUCAGAGCCCAAAGAUGUGGCUGCCUUUGCUCGGAAAAAGCCAGAGAGGCUGGUCAGGGGGCAGGAGGCAGUGUGUCCCUGGGAGAAUGCCAAUCCCAGGGAUCUGUCCCCUCAGGACUCUGAGAGAACCAAGGGCAGGUCUGAGGCAGGGGCCAGGACGGACGCUAGAGAGGUGAAGUGUUGGCAGGAAGUCACAGGCCCAGAAGCUUGUAUGUCUAACAUCUCCAGGGCAGAGCUCCGUCCCUGGGAGGCAAGUGAAAGAGGAGAGAAUGAGAAACCAUCCCAGGAGGGAGUGAAGAAGCUCCCCCAAGAAAAGCAGCAAACCCCCAAGAAAGCAACCUUCUGGAAGGAACAGAAACCGGGCAAAGACAUGAAGUCUCUUUGUUCAUGGGAGAGGACUGAUUUCCGUGGCCCCUUAGCAAUCUCUACUGAGAUCCCAGGAACCCCCAAGUGCUCCGGGAGCAUUGCAGAGGUGUGUCCAUGGGAGGCAGGGGAGGCUCCUGCAAUCAGGAAAGCAGAGAUUUGUCCCUGGGAGCUGGGUGAUGAGGUAGUGGGGAAGGACAUGCUACAUCAGCGGACAGGUGGAGAAUCUGUCCAAGAAGAGGGUCAAGCCUCCAGGAAAGGGCUCGUUGGAGAGACUGGGGAACAAACUGGGAAAGCGGUGCAGACAACUAGUCCACAGCAGGAGUCAGUGUGUCCCUGGGAGAGCACAGCCCCUGGGCACUCCAGCCCUGGUCUGGACAGUUCCUCAUCCAGAGCUGGUGGCCAACUCCUCGGCAACGGAGGAAGCAGAGCCAUGCAGGUAUGUCCACAGGAAGACCUCAGGCCAGAGGUAAAGGCAGUAACACCUACCAAGGCAGAAAUCUGUCCCUGGGAGGUAAAUGAAAGAACAGAGGACUGGACAUCAGGACAGGUACCCAAAGGAGGAGAAUCUCAAAAGAACAAGGAAAAAAUGCCUGAAACAUCAGGAAUCAAAGAUGUCACAGCUUGGGCGAAGCCUGAAGGACAGCUCCAAAAGCAGGGAGCAGUCUGUCCUUGGGAGAGUGUGGAACCUGACAGCUUCCCCCUACAACCAGGUCAAGACACAGAUAGAAGCAAAGCUUCUGCAAUCUGUCCAUGGGAUGUGGAGAACACCCUGUCUGCUGAGAAGGCAGAGAUCUGUCCCUGGGAGGUGAGUGCUGGAGCAGGGGAGGAACGAGCUUUGGGAGUUGAAGCCAUUAGGAAAUUGCCAAACAUUACAGGAAAGGGUUCUGCAGAUCCUGGACCCAGCAAGAUAGCUGUUACUGCUCCGAAGAAGCCAGAGAGGCCAACCCGGGAGCAGGAAGUAGCCUGUCCCUGGGAGAGCGUGGAUCCAGGGGGCUCCUCUCAGCAUUCAGACACUGUGGAUAUUGACAGACAAAAAGGCGGAUUCCAGGAACUGGAACAUGUGGGGUGCAGGCCAGCCGAGGUAUGUCCCUGGGAAGUGGAAGAAGCAUCUACCAGUGAAAAAGUCAGUAUCUGUCUCUGGGAGGUGAAUGAAGGAGCUACUGGGAAGGGACUGGAACAAGAGAUGGGGAGUGAUUCAGCAGGGCAGAGGGAGAAAACUCCAGAAAGGGGUAGACUCACCUCCCUGGAAGAAGACAUAUCAAAAGGGGAGACACAACUGAAUCAAGAGCAGGAAGCUAUUUGUCCUUGGGAGAAGGACUUGAGAGAACCCUCUGCUCAGGCCCCUGAGGUCGCAGACUCAUCCAGCAGCAUGAGUAGCAAAGUGGCAGAGAGGCAUUCCUUGGAAGUCCAUGAUGAGGUAGGAGAGAGAGGGGACCUGAUAAAAGACCCCACAAUGGGUUCCCUCCAAGAACACAUAACCCAAGAAAAAGCUCCGUCUUCCAAAGCAGAAGUCAGUACUGAAGAUGGGGAAAGAGCAAACAAUGAACUACAGUCUAUCUGCCCAUGGGAAAGCAUGGCCCCAGCAAUCUCCUCCUCCCAUCCCGGAAGUCAGUGCCCUGACCAGCCGAAAGCUGGCUCUCAGACACUGGUCAGCACUGGGGGCAAGCGUGCUGAAGUGUGCCCAUGGGAUGCUCCUGCCCCAGAUGCUCACCAGCCUCACAGCAGCACCAAAGCGGAGGUCUGUCCCUGGGAAGUGACUGAAAGAAUCCCUGAAGGAGUGUCAAUGCAGAAUGGAAAGGGGAAACCUCAAGAAGAGGAGGGGAAAGCCCCAGAAACACCCGAGCCCAAAGUUGGGGCAGUUCAGAAAAAGCCAGAGAGGGCAUGUGGGAAGCAGGAGGCUGUGUGUCCCUGGGAGAGUCAAGAUAGUGGAGGUCUGUCUCCACACCCAGCCCCACAAGUUUCUCACAGAAGCAAAGACACUUCUGAGGGAGCAAGCAGUGUGAAGACCAGGAGAGCAGAAGUGUGUCCGUGGGAAGCAAUAGAGGCUCCCUCUGGCAAGAGAGCAGAAAUCUGCCCUUGGAAGAUGAGUAAAGCAGCAGCAGAGGACGGGGGCCCAGAACAGGAGGUGGACAGAGAACUCCAAGGACAAGGAGAGCUGUUCCUUCAAAAGGCAAGGUCUGCAGAGACCGAAGAACCCUUUACAAAAGCAGCAAAAGGCAGCAGAGAGCAGGAGACAGUCUGCCCCUGGGAAGACAUGAGUUCGGGAGGACUCUUCCCCCAGCCAGAUGCUCUGGACACUGAUGAAGCCAAAGUCAGUCCCCACGGAGCAAGUGGUGUGGGGAGCAGGAUGGCAGAGCUGUGCCGAUGGGAAGUCACAGAUCCAGAAGGAAAUAAAAUAAAGCUUACCAUGGCAGACAUCUGGCCUUGGGAGGGAACUGGAGCCCCAUCUGAAGAAUCUGGCCUCCUGGCUUUAAGAGCAACUCAGACAGAAAUAUUUUCCCCCGGAGUUCCUGAGAACCCACCAUGCCUUUUGGUCCAGAGACCUCUGGGUGGCUUCCUUCCAGAAAGCAAAUGCUCCCGCCCCAAGGUGAGCAAGCCAGACAGUUCUUUUACUCUGGAAGGUGUCAGAGAAUUCCAAGGACCUUCAGGACUUGAGCCAAGGACCAGCUUAGCCCCAGGGCCAAGUCUCCAAGAAGCUGAGGCUCAGAAUUCUUCUUCCCUAACUGAAGACCAAGAAGUGGCUUCCAAAGCUCCACAUGAAGAACUUGCCCCUCCAACUGUCUAUCCUUGGGACUGGGAGUAACAAUUCCCAAUUUAAACUAGGGUGAGGUCAAGCGUUGGGUGGCUGGUUUGCAGGAGCCAAGGUCCAUUCCGAGUCCUAGGUGUUCCCAAACAGCUGAAACAAAAACACUUGACCACCCCUCUCCAGGAAGGCCAGACAUUAAUUUACUCAAACACAAAUUGUACACGAAGGGUGCAGCUCAAACCCCAACAGAAAAUUGCACUCUCUCCUUACUUCCAAGUCUUCCUGCGUAGGGAACAAAGGCCAGACCCUCUGCUUCUAACAAAUCCUCCUAUCCAGCUAGAGUACUCCACACAAGCCAUCUGUGUUAAUACUCACUUGAAAAGCCAAUGUUAGGGAUGAAAGGAAGUCAGCAGUGCUGGCCCACAUUUGCUCAUGGAGAGACCCUAUUCUUCUCUGAAGUCUACAAAGGAACCCCCCUCCCUGUUUAUUUUUUAUUUUUUAUUUUUUUUUGAGAAGAAACUAAACCACACAAGACACUACCUACAUAGGGACUGAGGGUCACGGAAGGCUAAACAGGUCACCAUAAGAAGCUUAAGAAGCCACUUAAUUCAAGUUGAAAGAUAAAUAAGAGGAAAACCUAAAUGGCUAAAAAAAAAGGUGCCUGAAAUGCCUUGUCAUUUUGACUUUGGAUCUCCAGUUUCUGCUUAAUUGAUCCUCAGACCUGCCCUGCUGACUACUGAAGCAGGGCCAAUCAUGCACUCUUAAAUCCAUAUCAUGUGGCACCCAAAGCAGUAUCAGAGCAGAGAAGGAAAGGCAAUGGCUCCAGGUCCUCCCCACACUGGCCAAGGUCAAGUUCUCCCUUCCAGAUGCCCUGUCUCCAAGUUUUAGUAUGCCUCUUGCUAGCUUUUUCAGAUGGCCUCCCCCUUUUCCUGCCCUAUCUUUUGCCACUCUCCAGAGUUCAUCUCACUGGCUCAUUCUCCCCCUCCUAGCCUUUCAGUGCUGUCAUCAAAGGGACCCCUCUCUGUUGUCAAUGCAACCAGAGCCAGGGGGGAUCUCUGGUUCUGAUGGGAGAACCACUCCAAAUCACUUACUCAGUAACAAGAGGCCUACAUCAAGCUCCUCGCUGAGAAGCCUGAGAAAGAAAGGAGGUCCUGUUAACAGCCAGCACUAUAACCGCCCGCAGAAAGAGGAGUGCCAUGUGGCAGGUUAGAGGCCUGAGGGAUGGGGCCAGGGCAUCAUGUAAAUACAAAGCCUUCUUUCUUAGGGAGCUCUCUCUUGUUCUUAGCUCGGCUCUAUUCUCUCAAGUCAGUUCAGGCUACCCUUACUUAAGCAAUCCUAGAUAACCGUGCUGGAAUUAGAUGAUACUACCAGAGGGAAAUGAAGAAAGAGAAAAACAUUGGUUAAAGAAAUCCCAGGAUUGGCAGGCAUGAGUGGGGGUGGAAACAAACAAACUAAACAUGGCAGAACUGGACAGGGGCACUAAAGAUGGCAGUAAGCCCACCUGCGAAUUAAACUGACAUUGAUGCCAUUCGCGAGGAGGAAGGGCAAAACAAGACCAAAUACCCAAUGGGGAAGAAAUAAGUCUGCAGGUGAAUACUCUGGGCACUUAAAGCAUUUCACAUAAAAAUAGCAAGUACUGCAUUUCCAAAAAGGAGGAAAAAGAAUGGAGUAACCAUUUUUAGGGACUAAAUACCCUUGUUCCCAUGUCUAGGCCCCUUCACGUAACUAGGUCCCUUGCCCUCACCUUUCAGAGUAUUUGAAGUGUGUUUUGCUUUGGGCUCUGGCUGGUUAACCCCACAGCUUCCGAGCCAAUGCAUAUUUUGCUAACUGUACACCUCAGAACAAUCCCAUUGGGUCUGGUCUAGCUGGGAACAAAAAUGUUGAGAAAUAAA